UCUCGGGGGCGGCUAUGACCGCCCUGGCCUCGGCCGAGGGGAUGGACAACCUGAGCACCCAGGACCCGUCCCCCGCCUCCGCCGGCCCCGCGCUGGCCCCGGACGAGCUGUCGACGCUCACCAUGGUGCUGCUAGGCAUCUUCCUGGCCGUGCUCAUCGUCAUGUCCAUCGCCGGCAACGUGCUGGUGUGCGUGGCCAUCUACACGGACCGGGGGCUGCGGAGCAUCGGCAACCUGUUCCUGGCUUCGCUGGCCAUCGCGGACCUCUUCGUGGCCGCCCUGGUCAUGUCCUUCGCCGCCUUCAACGACCUGCUGGGCUUCUGGCUGUUCGGGCCGCAGCUCUGCGACACGUGGAUCGCCUUCGACGUCAUGUGCUCCACGGCGUCCAUCCUCAACCUGUGCGCCAUCAGCCUGGACCGCUACAUCCACAUCAAGGACCCGCUCAGGUACGGGCGCUGGGUGACGCGGCGCAUCGCCAUGGCCUCCAUCGGGUGCGUGUGGAUGCUGGCGGGGCUCAUCUCCUUCCUGCCCAUCAGCUUGGGCCUGCACCGGCCCGACGCGCCGCAGCCCGUCAUCGACGGCAAGCCCACCUGCGCCGUCGAGUUCGCCCCCACCUACGCCGUCGUCUCGUCCUGCAUCAGCUUCUACGUGCCGUGCGUCGUGAUGCUGGGCAUCUACUGCCGCCUGUACUGCUACGCGCAGAAGCACGUCAAGAACAUCCGCGCCGUGACGCGGCCGCUGGCGGCGCAGGCGGCGGCGGGCGGCGGCGCCAGGGUGGGCGUGGGCGGCGGGCCGUCGCUGCCGCUGCACCUCCACGCGCACUCCACGCCCUACCACGUGUCCGACCACAAGGCCGCCAUCACGGUGGGCGUCAUCAUGGGCGUGUUCCUGGUGUGCUGGGUGCCGUUCUUCGUCAUCAACAUCGUGGCCGCCUACUGCAAGGACUGCAUCCCCUCCUCCGCCUUCAAGGUGCUGACGUGGCUGGGCUACUCCAACUCCGCCUUCAACCCCGUCAUCUACUCCAUCUUCAACAAGGAGUUCCGCUACGCCUUCCGCCGCAUCCUGACGGCGCGCUGCGGCGGCUACGAGAGCGUGUCCAUGCGCGCCGGCGCCUACCUGGACCGCAAGCGGCCCACGCCCUCCAAGAUGGUGUCCUCGGCGUCCAUCAACUCCAACCAGAAGGCCUCGUUCGCCGCCGUGACGCCGCCGCGGGGGUCGGCGCCGGGGCUGGGCGGGCUGUGCGCCACCAAGCACAACGGGUCCUGCACACACCUGCGCGACUACACGCCCAGGUCGUCGGUGGGGUCCAUCCGGCAGACGCGGGUCAACUCCUCGGACAAGCUGGAGGAGGUCGCCAUUUGAUGCGGUCCCCCGGGGCUGCGGACCUCCCCGCCGAUCUCCCCGCCCUCGACCCCGCCGGCCCCGGCGCCG